AUGGUGACACAGGGCGAGGGGGGUUGUGCUCGCUGUCCAAGCACGGCGCAGGUGGAGGAGGUUCCACCAACCCCAAAAGAUGAGAGCGGCAAGACGCUACCAGCCGAUGACGCUCGAGUGCUGCAGCGUGUACCACCACCGCCGCCACCGGCCGCCUCCACUGACUCCGUUACUCGCAAGGAACCGAAUCGGGAGAGCGAGCAGCGCGGCGUCGACGAGGCGGAUCAAGCCCAACACGGGGCGACGGACAACGCGGAGCAGAAGGUUUCUGUGGCAGCGGCAAAGGAAGACGAGGAGGCGACUGAGGAGAAGGAGCCCAACCUGCUAGCUGGCAUGAUACGCAGCCAGCAGGAGGACCAGCAGCGCUAUCCCACCGCGCUUUCCAUUGAUGCCGACAAGGAUGCACCGGUGGAGAUGGGCAUGGGCAAGGACGGAUCACCGUCGGCCGCGGGAGCCGAGACGCACGCCAAGGAGGGCCCAAAGACCUCCUCGCCACCGCCACCGGAGAUGGUCAAUGACAUGAACCCCAACGCCUACGACGUCGACGAAGCCAACCCAGCGUCGGAGAUGCCCAUGGCCGCCACCGUUGCCCCAGAGCAAGUGGACAGCCCCACGUCUAGCUCAGGGGAGAAGAUUUUUCAGCAUUAUAAGUCGUCGGCUCUCAAUAAAACAGAGGCGCUGCAUGGCAUCUCACCGGAAGAAGUCGGUGGUUUCAUUAACCCGAUCACACCCGAGCAGCAGCCCCAGGGAGCACAGGAGAUGGAUCCCAAUGGCAUUCAAUCAUCGCCUCUGGCGUGCCCCAUCCAGGAGCUCUCACAGGUGGAACCCAUCAGCUGGAGUAAGGCGAGUCUGCUGGAAGGCUCACCGCUGCACUGGGAGACCUCGCAUGGGGCCGACGUGUCACCGCGCGUGUACCGCCCACUACGCCUGGGCACGGAUGUGCUGCGGCACAAGAGGUACGCGAACGCGUCUAACGCUGCUGACAAGAUCGGUACCGCCGCCGCACUCUCUGAGUUCGGCUCAGAAGAGACAGAAGUGGAUGACCAGGGCGUGGCGUGCGGCCUCGGGGACGUCGUGGAGAGGCCAAUUGCCUUCACCGCCACGAGCGAGGUCGAGCUCGAAUGCGAGGCGGUGGAGGCGAGCAACGAUGAAGAAGGCACGCUCUCCAUGGACAAGGACCGUGUGUAUACAAUGGACAACACAGAUGCGGAGGACAGGUCGCAGCCUAGGAGGACCGUGGAGUCGUCCGCCGCGCUGGGAGCACCGAUAGAAGCCGCCGACAAGCACACGGUCAGUUCAGAGCAGCACGCAGCCUUCGCAAUGCUGACCGCUGAGAAGUCCGCCUGGACCGGCGCUGAGGCUCCCCGUCGCAUGCCUCCACCGCCUCCAUACCACCACAGCGACGAGGCUCGGGACACACAGCCGCCCUCACGGUCUGCGCCGCCAAGCAUACUAUCCCCUCCGCCUGCAUGA